AUGGCAGCCUUGCCACCGGAAAGAUCCGAAAUAACCCGUCCGUUUGCUAAUACUGGCAUAGACUUCGCAGGACCAUUCGAUGUCAAAAGUUAUUCCGGCCGAGCAUGCAGAAUUUCCAAGGGAUACGUAUGCGUAUUCGUGUGUUUCUCCACAAAAGCGAUCCAUCUAGAAGCCACUUCAGAUUUGUCCACACAAGCAUUCCUUGCGGCCUUUAGUCGUUUCGUUUCUCGUAGAGGAUGUCCGCUAAAUCUUUAUUCCGAUAACGGUACUACAUUCGUAGGUGCUUCUAGGAUUCUGGCAAGGGAGUUUGUUCAAACAUCCCAACAACGCAUCGUAGCUGACUAUGCUCAUCAAAACAUAUCCUGGCACUUUAUUCCAGCAGCGGCUCCGCACAUGGGAGGACUUUGGGAGGCUGGAGUCAAGUCUUUCAAGACUCAUUUCCGCAAGAUAGCAGGCUGCUAUAAAUAUACCUUCGAGGAGUUAUCAACUUUAUUGUCCAAAAUAGAAUCGUGUCUUAACUCCAGGCCAAUUUCUCCAAUUUCAACGGAUCCAACCGACUUAUGCGCACUGACACCAGGACACUUUCUUAUUGGAACGCCAAUUCUAUCACAUAUCGAUCCGCAAGUUGAUGAUUCUUCCAUUUCCUUAAUAAACCGGUGGCAAAGACUCAAGCUUAUACACCAAAACUUCUGUCUGCGUUGGAAACACGAGUAUCUCAAAGAGAUGAACAAACGCAUUAAAUGGCAAAGACCUGAGGUAGAUAUCCAGGAAGGUUCUAUGGUAGUUAUUAAGGAUGAAAACCUCCCACCGAACUCGUGGCGACUCGGUCGUAUUGUUAAAAUAUAUUCAGGUUCGGAUAAUCGCGUUCGCGUAGCCGACGUUUUAACACAGCGCGGCUUAAUAACUAGACCUAUCGUUAAACUUGUGUUAUUACCAGCCGCAUAG